AUGUAUUCAAAUGUUUGGAAGAAUGUAUUUUCCAUUGUAUUUAAUAUAUUUGAGUUCCAGGCUUAAUUUAUCGACAUUUAUCGAAUAGAUUAAAGAUCGAUGAAUUGAUCACAAUUUAACCGUUUACAAUAUAAACGUAUUCUCAAAUCUCUCUCCCGUCACAUGUUUGCAUAUUUACUGGGAAAUGCGAGUAAUCAAGACCGCGACAAUAUAACUAUUCAAAAUCAUGGCCGUUGUCGGCACUAUAACGUCAUCUAUUAAUGUGUUUCCCCUACAAUAAAUAAAAAUAAUGCUAACAAUGGUUAGACAUGCAAUAUCAACUGAAAAUACACAUGCAUUAUUCUCAAUAAUCUCCUUGAAUGAUAAACAACACCAUGCGUUAAAGAUAGAGUAUGCAGCGGACUGUCGGUCACCUUACGCCUUGCGCCUGCGCAGUUAAUCUCCGCUCGGUGAGAGGUAUGCGCCGCUCGGGGAUCGGGGCAGCUGCAACACAGAGCCAACCGUGCAUAGAGAGUGUCAUUCCUCCGCCGUUUCACAGAUCAGAAGCGACAAGUCGCUUGGUAGGAGAGUCCAGUCAGAAAUGGGUUUGGGUUUCUCCGUCUCUUUUCGUAAACGGGGUUUAGAGACUUCGUCAUCGGAGCGAAUUAGGAAGCCGCAUUGUGAGGUUGCGGUCUGCGCGUGUUGUGGAUGGUCUCCCGCAGCCAGGUCCACGUAUUGAGAUGAUCCAUUUUUGUGAUGGCGAAGGGUCUGUUUCCAAGGGCCUGGGUGAAAAAGUCCUUCUACUUUCAGGCUCGCAUCUCCUUUGUGCGGGUGAAGUACCUGUUCCUGAGCUGGCUGGCGGUGCUGGUGGGGAGCUGGGUGCUGUACGGACAGUACUCCACCUACACAGAGCUCUGCAGGGGGCACGAGUGCAAGACGGCCAUCUGUGAUAAAUACAAGAGGGGUAUGAUUGACGGCUCCGCCUGCAGCAGUCUGUGUGAUAAGGAAACACUCUCUAUGGGAAGAUGUCUCUCCACGCUCCCUAACAACCAGGUGUACACGGGGAGCUGGGGGGACCUGGAAGGCAUCAUCCGCUGCCGGCUGGGCGACGCGGGGCCCUACGAGCUGGGGGAGGAGCCUGAGCCGCGCAGGGAGGCGCCCGUGUUCGACACGCCCACAAGGGGCACGUCGGUGGAGAAGUUCAGGGAGAUGGUGUCCAACCACCUCAAGUCCAAGCUAGGGGAGCAGGCCAACCUCGCUAGCCUGGUCAGUCAAAUCCUCUUUGUCGCCGAUGGCAACAAGGACGGCAGGGUGUCCCUGCCCGAAGCCCGAUCCACUUGGGCUCUCCUCCAGAUGGACGAGGUGCUGCUGGGCCUGCUGCUCCAGGACCACGGCCACACCCCUCGGCUGCUGGGCUUCUGCGGGGACCUGUACAUGACCGAGGUGGUCCCCUACGGGCCCCUGUACGGCCUGGCCCUCCCCUGGCCGCUGGUGUCCUGGGUGCCGGGCGGCGUGCAGAGGAGCAUGGACCAGUGGUUCACGCCCUCCUGGCCCCGCAAGGCCAAGAUCUCCAUGGGGCUCCUGGAGCUGGUGGAGGACCUCUUCCACGGCACCUACGGCAGCUUCCUCAUCUGCGACCUGGCCGCCGCCCACUUCGGCUACACCGAGCGCCACGAGCUGCGGCUCACCGACACGCGCGCCGUGGUCGCCGAGGACGAGUUCCGCCGCGCCAUGCGCUCGCGCCGCUGCGAGACGGACGCCGACUGCGUGUACGGCGUGGACUGCCGCACGUCCUGCGACGCGGCGCUGAGGCGCUGCCGCGAGGAGGCCGAGCGGCCCAACCUGGCCAAGGCGUGCGGCACGCUGAAGGACUACCUGUUGCGGGGGGCGCCGGCGGGGCUGGGCGAGGAGCUGGAGAGGCAGCUGUACGCCUGCAUGGCGCUGGGGGGGGACCCGGCCGGCGGGCAGAUGAACAUGGAGCACUCGCUCAUCCUCAACAACCUCAAGGCGCUGCUGUGGAGGCAGAUCUCCCACACCAAGGACUCGUGAUCGGGGCCCGGCCGCGCCUCACGGCCCAGGGGUCCUGGGGGGGCCCCAGCCGGACACGUGUUGUUGGGGCCCUUUUCUCUACAGCGACGGUAAAUCGACACGGCUGGAACAACCCUCAAUUUAAUUCACCCGAGAUCUGCUAUCAGAAUGGCUCCUCAUUAAGCGGAUCCAUGCUGGUAUGUUGGAGCCAAUCGGGAGGAUGCGGCUGUGACAGGAGGCAAUAGGGAGGAUGCUGCUGUGACAGGAGCCAAUAGGGAGGAUGCUGCUGUGACAGAGGAGCCAAUAGCGGAUAGCCGACAAACUGUUCCACGACGUCGGAUCACUACAAUUGCACACAUCAUAAAUGCUGAUGGACAUUAUAUAUAUUAACAUAUAUUUGACAAGAAUGUUGUCGCGUAGACUAGUUUAGCUCACCCGAGAGCAGUUAAUGCUAUAGAUUAAAAGGCGUUAACUACAUGGGGCUUAUGUGACAGGCCCUGUUCCAUUAAGUGAAGAGGAAACACCCAAUGAGCUUCAAAAGAGAUCGAUAGCAGUGUUCUGUACAGCACUCGAAUACUGUGCAGACACUUCUAGUCAUACAUUUUCUAUGGCAAUCUUUAAAUGUCUUAAUUUCACCCUAGGUUGAGUUCUACACUUAUGAUUUGGGUUUCACUCAAUUAGUGCCAUAAACAGAAUUCUUAAAACGCUGAAUGUUUACCUCGUCAAUCUUAAGGAAAUGGCAAACUUUGGGAAUCUAGUCCAUUAUCUGAAUGCUGACGUGAAAACAAAUCCUCUGCUGAAAGAAGCUGUCAUGAAUUGAAAUGUUAUCAUAAAUGUAUUGUCUAAUCACUUUGAGUGAAAGAAUGCAUUGUUUGAAGUCUGUAGUCAUUGAUGUCGUUGCUGUAUGGAUAUGCAAUUACUUUUUUGAAGUUGAAAACCAGCAUGAUUUUGCACAAUAAAAACAUACCACUAAAUAUA